AUGCCGCCUCCAGUUCAAUCCGCUUACAAGCGCAUCGCCCAGCCUCAAGAAGGCGAGAAUGGAUACCAGGCGCGUCAAACUGGGAAGUCCGAAAUUCUUCCAAAGGGAUGGAAUGGAUUCAAUGCCAAACCUCUCGAAAGCGACAUUCAAGUGGAUCAUGACAUUGAAAUCGUUGUUCGCGACGGCGUUCGCCUCUAUGCGGACGUAUACCGACCAGCCAACGCAACUGAAAAGGUACCAGCUGUGCUGAGUUGGUCAUUCUAUGGAAAAAAGUAUAGUGCGUUGGACAUGCUUCCGAUGACCACCUGGCACUGCUGUGUUAAACCAUCAGAGCUCAGUGGACUGGAGAAAUUUGAAGGCCUGGAUCCGCAAGCUUGGUGUCCUCGAGGCUACGCCAUCGUGAGUGUUGACACUCGCGGGUCUGGACAUAGCGACGGUCAAAUCUGUGUCAUGGGAACUCAAGAUGCAGAAGACGGUUAUGAUGUGGUGGAGGCUAUUGCCCGCAUGGACUGGUGCAACGGCAGCAUUGGCAUGGCCGGUAACUCUGCUCUCGCGAUCUCGCAGUGGUUCAUUGCCGCCCAGCAACCUCCUUCUUUGAAGGCGAUCGCGCCUUGGGAGGGCGCUGAUGAUAUUUAUCGCGAACAAUUCUGUCGUGGAGGCUGGUUCUCAAUGAGCAAUUUCGACCUCAUCGGGAAGGCCAUCGUGCGUGGUCCAGAAUCUUCCGGCCUUGAAGAUUUUGAGGAGAUGUAUCGUCGCUCGCCAGUCUCCAAUGCCUUUUGGGAAGAUAAGCGGGCUGAUAUCUCGCGCGUCAAAUGCCCUGUGUUCAUUCGCGGAUCGGAUGUUAGCUCUAUCCAUACCAUGGGCUCCAUUCGGGGUUAUCUCGAGGUACCUCACGAGGAAAAAUGGAUCCAAUGGGGCAGCAAGCAAGAGUGGUAUGAGCUAUACAGUGUGCCUGAAUCAACAAAAGAAUUAACUCUGUUCUUUGACCGAUAUCUGAAAGGAAAGGACAAUGACUGGGAGAAAACGCCUAAAGUUCGGUGGUCUGCCUUGCAGUUUGGAAAUCGCGAGGCAAUCGAUGACAUCGUUCUAGAUGACUUCCCAGCUCCUUCGACUGAGUAUCGUGAAUUCUUUUUUGCGGGGAGCAAACAGCUUCACGCUGAGCCGCCUUCAACGAGCCUGCAGGUCUCAUAUGACUCUGAAGAUCGGUUCAGUUUUGCAGAAUUCAAUUACACAUUCGAAAAAGCGGCUCGGUUAAUCGGCCUACCCAAAGCGGUGAUAUACAUGUCUUGCAAAGAUCGUGAUGAUUUCACAGUUUUUGUUAUUCUGCGUAAAAGGGAUAAAAAUGGCAAGGACUUGAUGCAUCUUAACUUCCCGCUCCACGCAACCCCAGUCAAGUCGAUAGAGGAGAUCCCCGAGAACGAGCAAGCAAGUCUCAAUCUCCACCUUGGAUCUGUUGGAAUCCUGCGAGCCUCUCAUCGGGCGAUCGAUGCUUCAAAAAGCAUCCAUCCACAAUUCCCUUUCCAUCCGCAUACAAAGCAAGAAUUGGUUCCCAAGGGAACUAUUGUCAAAUUGCAAAUCGGCAUUUGGGCCAUGGGAGUGGAUUUCGAGAAGGGAGAGUCCAUAAGUGUGAGGGUCGGUGGACAAUACCCCAGUAUCGCGGAAUAUAAGACAUUUUCCCGACCGCGGCCGGAGCAUGAAUUGAACAAAGGUCGCCAUACUCUCCACUGCGGCAAAGAAUAUCCAAGUUCAAUCAUUUUGCCUUUUAUUUGA